AUGGUUGCCACAUUUGGAAUCCCGUACGAUGCGAAAGCGGAUCCGCUUCAAGAGAUGCGAGCAUUCAAAGCUGCAAUGGCAGACGCCAAGAGCAAUCCGGAUUGGCUUACGGCUCGCCAAAUCGAACGCCACCGAUGGAAUCCCUAUUCAUUUGAAGGAGGGUCUACAUGUGCUUUGGCUGGAGAAAACUUUGCCAUAGUUGCUAGUGACACGCGUAUGUCUCAGAUGGAAAUCAACAUCAUCACUAGAGAUGCUGAGAAAGUACAUGUGCUAAACGAUUCUAUUAUUUUGGCAACCUCAGGGUUCUAUGGUGAUGUCCUGCAGCUGAAACGGGUGCUUCAGUCCCGCCUUCAUAAAUACCGCUUCGACUAUCGCACUGAUAUGAGCGUGGAUCUGAUGGCCGAACUUCUAGCAAGGAAUCUCUACUACAGGCGUUUCUUCCCUUACUACACAGGAGCCAUUCUGGCUGGAAUCGAUGAAAAUGGAAAGGGAGCGGUGUUCAGUUACGAUCCAAUUGGUUGUAUUGAGCGAAUUGCUUACUCAGCUAGUGGAGCAGCGGAAUCAAUGAUCAUCCCUUUCUUGGACUGUCAGAUUGGACAUGUGACAUUGAGUGAAGAAGCUGAGCGUCCACCCUUAACGCUUCAAAGAGCAGUUUCACUCAUGAAGGAUGGCUUCCGCUCGGCAGCUGAGCGUGAAAUUUCUACUGGUGACAAGAUUCAUCUCAUAAUCGCAGAAGCCGGAAAGCCUAUUCAGCAGCAGUUCCUUCCUCUCCGUGAGGAUUGA